UAGUAAUGGUAAUAGAAAUAAUAGUAGUAAUUAAACUGCAUUCACAGAAGAAGCGUUUUGAGUUGGAUCUGGUAGUAACCUGAAUCUAGUUUUCCCUCCUUUCCUUUCCAACCCAAGUCCCCCAUGGAGCAAUACAACCACUCAAGCCUGGCUGAAUUUGUGCUCCUAGGCUUCCCCAAUGUGGGAGAUGUUAGGGGAUGGCUCUUUGUCCUACUGCUGUUGGCAUACCUGUUCACCGUCUGUGGAAACUUGCUCAUCUUCUUAGUCAUACAACUGGAUGCAACUCUACGCACACCCAUGUACCACUUUGUCAGUGUUCUCUCCUUCUUGGAGCUUUGGUAUACGGCCACCACCAUACCUAAGAUGCUAGCCAAUCUUCUCAGUAAGAAGAAGACCAUAUCUUUUGCUGGAUGUCUCCUUCAGACAUACUUCUUCCACUCCCUAGGGGCCUCUGAAUGCUAUCUUCUUACAGCCAUGGCCUAUGACAGAUACCUGGCCAUUUGCCGCCCCCUCCACUACCCUGCAAUUAUGACUCCAACACUUUGUGUCAAGAUGGCUGUUAGUUGUUGGACUUGUGGCUUCCUGUGCCCCAUUUCUGAGGUCAUUCUGGUUUCCAAGCUCCCUUUCUGUGGCUACAAUAAAAUCCAACACAUUUUCUGUGACUUUCCACCUCUGUUGUUCCUGGCCUGCAAGAAUACUUCCAUUAAUGUCCUGGUGGACUUUUUCAUCAAUGCCUUCAUCAUCCUUAUCACCUUCCUAUUUAUCAUGGUUUCUUAUGGGAGAAUCAUUGAGGCUGUGCUGAAGAUACAAACAGCAGGAGGAAGAAAGAAGGCUUUCUCUACAUGCACCUCUCAUCUCAUUGUGGUCCUCAUCUUCUUUGGGAGCAUCAUCUUCAUGUAUGUGCGGCUAAAGAAAAGCUACUCACUGACCCUUGAUCAGACACUUGCUGUAGUCUACUCUGUACUAACACCAUUGGCCAACCCAGUUAUCUAUAGUCUUCGUAACAAGGAGCUCAUUAAGGCUAUCAAGAGGACAAUCUUCCGUAAGUGUGGGAAAGCUCAUCCCACUCAUCACUGAUUUUCUACUACAACUCUUCCCCCACUUUAAUGUUGGCCUCGUAAAAGUCCUACGUACCUUUGGCCUGAAUUUCAUUUCCUCUCUCCUUUUUAAACACUUUAUAUCUUUAUGUGUUUUUUUCUGUCUCCUACAACUUUGUUGUUGUUGUUUUUAGGUGCUGUCGAGUCAAUCCCAACUCAUAGUGACCCUAUGUACAACAGAACAAAACACUGCCUGGUCCUGUGCCAUCCUCACAAUUGUUGUUGUGUUUGAGCCCAUUAUUGCAGCCACUAUGUCAGUCCAUCUUGUUGAGGGUCUUCCUCUUUUUCAGUGACCCUCUACCUUACCAAG